GACCGGACCGGACCGGAUCGGGGCCCAACCGGACCGGGCCCAACCGGAUUCAACCGAGCCGAACCGAGCCGAGCCGGGUGAUGCGGCGGAAUCGGGGGUCCGGGGCCCGGCGGGCCUGGGGGAGCGCCCCGCGGGGAGCCCGGCGCCGCUGACCCGGACGGACGGACGGACAGAGACACACGGGACCCCCCGGGAUCCCCCCAUCAUGGGGUUCCUCCACCAGCUGCAUCUCCUGCUCUGGAAGAACGUGACGCUGAAGCGGCGCAGCCCGUGGGUGUUGGCGUUCGAGAUUUUCAUCCCCCUGGUCCUCUUCUUCAUCCUCCUCGGGCUGCGGCAGAAGAAACCCACCAUCUCCGUGAAGGAAGUCUCGUUCUACACGGCGGCCCCGCUGACCUCGGCAGGCAUCCUGCCCGUGAUGCAGUCCCUGUGCCCCGACGGGCAGAGAGACGAGUUCGGCUUUCUCCAGUACUCCAACUCCACAGUGACCCAGCUGCUGGAACGGCUCACCGAGGUGGUGGGCGAGAGCGACCUGUUCGGCCCGGCCCGGCCCAGCCUGGAGGAGGAACUGGAGUCCCUGCGGCAUCGCCUGGAGUCCCUCAGCGGCAACGCCAGCUCCAGGGACGGCCACUACCACCGGACAGGUUCCGACUUCACCCUGGGCAGCGCGGCCAGGGACCGGCAGGCGUUCCGGCACUUCCUCACACGGAACCUGUCCCUGACGGACGACACGGCCGAGGUCCUGCUGGGGGCCGGUGUCAACCUCCAUGAGGUGUACCGCCGGCUCCUCAUCCCCUCCCCGCCGGCAGCAGACGAGGCUCCGGAGAGCGCGCCCUGGGCCCGGAGAGGGAGCCACGGGAAGGUCACGCGGCCGGAGGCCCUGGGCCUGGCCGAUCCAGCCGCCACCCUCCCCGAGGCCUCCAGCCCCCAGGCCCGGAUCGCGGAGCUGGAGGAUGAGCUGCUGGUUCCCGCCGUGCUGGAGGGGCUCACCUGCGCCGGGACGCCUGAGGAGCUGAGCCGCGUCCUGACGGUGCCCGCGGCCCAGCAGCCCCGGCUGGGGGACUAUCAGACGGCUCUCUGCGCCGGGGACGCCCGGGCCCGGGCCCAGCGCUUCACCCGCCUGGCGGCCGGCCUCCGGGACCACCUUGACACCCGCAGGAUCGGCAGCCAGCUGCCGCUGACCCGCGCCCAGCAGAACAGCAGCGCGUCCGGCCGGGCCCGGCUGCAGGAGUUCGUGGCGGACCUGAGGGGAGUGGAGAAGGCACUGAGGGAUGUGGACAUCCUCUCGGCGCUGGCCCGCCUGCUGCCCCAGGGGGCCUGUGCUGGCCGCCCCAUCCCCGCGGCUGCCAACGGGACCGGCGGGGCCUGCAACGGCACGGUCAACGCCACCGCCGAGGCCGGGGAGAGCGAGGCGGGCACCACCAGUCUCCCCGAGCAGUACUCUGCCUUCGUCCAGCUCUGGGCCGGCCUGCAGCCCAUUCUCUGCGGAAACAACAGGACGAUUGAACCCGAAGCUCUGAGGCAGGCGAACAUGAGCUCGCUGGGCUUCACCAGCAAGGAGCAGCGCAACCUCGGCCUCCUGGUCCACCUGAUGACCAGCAACCCCAAGAUCCUCUACGCGCCUGUGGGCAGCCAGGCCGAUGAGCUCAUCCUGAAGGCCAACGAGACGUUUGCCCUGGUGGGAAACGUGACGCGCUAUGCCCAGCUCUGGCUGAACAUCUCGGAGGAGAUCCGCGGCCUCCUGGACCAGGGGACGCUCCAGCACCAUCUCCGCUGGCUGCAGCAGUACACCGCUGACCUGCAGCAACGCCCCGAGGCCCUGAACCUGUCCGACAGCGGCGAGCUGACCCAGGCCCUCCUGGAGCACAACGUCUCGCUGCCCACGGCGGCCGCCCUGCUGCAGCAGCUGGACACCAUCGACAACGCUGCCUGCGGCUGGAUUCAGUUCAUGUCCAAGGUCAGCGUGGACAUCUUCAAGGGCUUCCCGGAUGAAGAGAGCAUCGUCAACUACACGCUCAACCAAGCCUAUCAGGAUAACGUCACCGUGUUUGCCAGCGUGAUCUUCCAGACGCUCCCGGACGGCUCACUGCCACCGCACGUGCUCUACAAAAUCCGCCAGAAUUCCAGUUUCACCGAGAAGACCAACGAGAUCCGCCGGGCCUACUGGCGCCCGGGGCCCAACACCGGAGGACGGUUCUACUUCCUCUACGGCUUCGUCUGGAUCCAGGACAUGAUGGAGCGCGCCAUCAUCAACACCUUCGUCGGACGCGACGUGGUGGAGCCGGGAAACUACGUGCAGAUGUUCCCGUAUCCCUGCUACACCCGCGAUGACUUCCUGUUCGUCAUCGAGCACAUGAUGCCCCUCUGCAUGGUCAUCUCCUGGGUCUACUCGGUGGCCAUGAUGAUCCAGCAUAUCGUGGCCGAGAAGGAGCACCGGCUCAAAGAGGUGAUGAAGACGAUGGGGCUGAACAACGCGGUGCACUGGGUGGCCUGGUUCAUCACGGGCUUCGUGCAGCUGUCCAUCUCCGUGACGGCGCUCACCGCCAUCCUCAAGUACGGCAAGGUGCUCGCCCACAGCGACGUGCUCGUCAUCUGGCUCUUCCUGGCCGUCUACGCCGUGGCCACCAUCCUCUUCUGCUUCCUGGUGUCGGUGCUGUACUCGAAGGCGAAACUGGCAUCGGCGUGCGGCGGCAUCAUCUACUUCCUGAGCUACGUGCCCUACAUGUACGUGGCCAUACGUGAGGAGGUGGCACACGACAAGAUCACCGCCUUUGAGAAGUGCAUCGCGUCCCUGAUGUCCACCACGGCCUUCGGCCUGGGCUCCAAGUACUUCGCGCUCUACGAGGUGGCGGGCGUGGGCAUCCAGUGGCACACCCUGAGCCAGUCGCCGGUGGAAGGCGACGACUUCAACCUGCUGCUGUCCAUGAUGAUGCUGACGGUGGACGCGGCCGUGUACGGGGGGCUCGCCUGGUACAUCGAGGCCGUGCACCCAGGGAUGUACGGGCUGCCCCGGCCCUGGUACUUCCCCCUGCAGAAGUCGUACUGGCUGGGCAGCGGGCGCACGGAGGCCUGGGAGUGGAGCUGGCCCUGGGCCCCGGCUCCCCGCCUCAGCGUCAUGGAGGAGGACCAGGCCUGCGCCCUGGAGAACAGGAGACUGGAGGAGUCGCGGGGCAUGGAGGAGGAGCCCGGCCACCUGCCGCUCGUGGUGUGCGUGGACAAGCUCACCAAGAUCUACAAGACGGACAAGAAGAUGGCCCUCAACAAGCUGAGCCUCAACCUCUACGAAAACCAGGUGGUGUCCUUCUUGGGCCACAACGGGGCCGGCAAAACCACCACCAUGUCCAUCCUGACGGGCCUGUUCCCCCCGACGUCCGGCUCGGCCACCAUCUACGGCCGGGACAUCCGCACCGAGAUGGACGAGAUUCGCAAGAACCUGGGCAUGUGUCCGCAGCACAACGUGCUGUUCGACCAUCUGACGGUGGAGGAGCAUCUCUGGUUCUACUCCCGCCUCAAGAGCAUGGCGCAGGACGAGAUCCGCAAGGAGAUGGAGAAGAUGAUUGAAGAUCUGGAGCUGUCCAACAAGCGGCACUCCCUGGUCCAGACGCUGUCCGGGGGCAUGAAGCGGAAACUGUCGGUGGCCAUCGCCUUCGUGGGCGGCUCGCGCGCCAUCAUCCUGGACGAGCCCACGGCCGGCGUGGACCCCUACGCCCGCCGGGCCAUCUGGGACCUCAUCCUCAAGUACAAGCCGGGCCGCACCAUCUUGCUGUCCACCCACCACAUGGACGAGGCGGACCUCCUCGGGGACCGCAUCGCCAUCAUCUCGCACGGGAAGCUCAAGUGCUGCGGCUCGCCCCUCUUCCUCAAGAGCACCUACGGCGAGGGCUACCGGCUGACCGUGGUCAAGAGGCAGGCCGACUCCCGCAGCCCGCCCGAGUCCGGGCAGGUGCCCAGCCCCACUUGGCACCCCCCGCUCAGCCCCUGCUCCGAGCCUCGCGUCACCCAGUUCAUCAAGAAGCACGUGGCGUCCGGCCUGCUGGUCUCCGACACCAACACCGAGCUCUCCUACAUCCUGCCCGGCGAGGCCGUCAAGAAGGGCUGCUUUGAGCGCCUCUUCCAGCACCUGGAGCAGAGCCUGGCGGAGCUGGAGCUGACGAGCUUUGGGCUGACGGACACCACGCUGGAGGAAGUUUUCCUCAAGGUCUCCGAGGAGGACCAGUCCCUGGAGAACAGCGAUGCCGAUAUGAGAGAGUCCCCGAAGGGCGUCUUCUCCAAGGCGGCGAGCGGCAGGGAGCCACCGGCGGGCGGGAGCGGGGCCGAGCCCCCCGCCGCGGUGGGUGGCAACUUGCUGGACUCCUCCAGGCUGGCACAGUCCCAGGCCUCCCUGCACUCGGCCGCCUCCUCCGUGGGCUCCGCGCGGGGCGAGGAAGGUGGGGCCUUCUCCGAGUUCUACGGGGACUACGCCCCGCUGUUCGACAACCCCCAGGACCCGGACAACAUCAGCCUGCAAGAGCCCGAGGCCGAGGAUUCGAUCCAGGCGGAGCGGGGCAGCUUCAAGCUGGAGGGCUCGUGGCUGAGGCUACGCCAGUUCCACGGACUCCUCCUCAAGCGCUUCCACUGCGCUCGCCGCAACACCAAGGCCCUCUUCUCCCAGAUCCUGCUGCCCGCCUUCUUCGUCUGCGUCGCCAUGACCGUGGCCCUCUCCGUCCCCGAGAUCGGUGACUUGCCCCCGCUGACGCUCACCCCUUCUCAGUACCACAACUACACGCAGCCCCGGGGGAACUUCAUUCCCUUCGCCAACGAGGAGCGCCGCGAAUAUCACCUCAAGUCGUCCCCCGACGCCAGCCCGCAGCAACUGGUCAACACCUUCCGCCUGCCCUCGGGCGUGGGAGCCACGUGCGUGCUCAAGGCCGCCGCCAACGCCAGCCUGGGGCCCACCCUGAACCUGAGCAGCAGCGAGUCCAAGAUGGUGGCCGCCAAGUACUUCGACGCCAUGUGCGUGGACUCCUUCACCCAGGGGCUGCCCCUGUCCAACUUCGUGCCGCCGCCGCCCUCCCCCGCCCCCUCCGACUUCCCCGCCUCCCCGGGCCUGGAUCUCCCGCGGGCCUGGAACGCCACCGUGGGGCCCACCGCGCUCCGAGAGACGGCGACGUCCGGCCCGGCCCUGCCCCGCACCGUCCACGAGCCCAUCAAGUGCACCUGCUCCAUGCAAGGAACGGGCUUCUCCUGCCCCAGCGGCGUGGGCGGCCGCCCGCCCCAGGUCAAAGUAGUGACCGGGGACAUCUUGGUGGACGUCACCGGACGCAACGUCUCGGAGUAUCUGCUGUACACCUCGGACCGCUUCCGACUGCACCGCUACGGAGCCGUCACCUUCGGCAACAUCCAGAAGUCCAUCCCAGCAUCGUUUGGGGCCCAGGCCCCUCCCCUGGUGCGGAAGAUCGCCGUGCGACGAACGGCCCAGGUCUUCUACAACAACAAAGGCUAUCACAGCAUGCCCACCUACCUCAACACCCUCAACAACGCCAUCCUCCGCGCCAACCUGCCCAAAAGCAAGGGGAACCCGGCCACUUUCGGCAUCACCGUCACCAACCAUCCCAUGAACAAGACAAGUGCCAGCCUCUCCCUGGAUUAUUUGCUGCAGGGCACGGACGUGGUCAUCGCCAUCUUCGUCAUCGUGGCCAUGUCCUUCGUGCCGGCCAGUUUCGUGGUCUUUCUGGUGGCCGAGAAGGCCACCAAGGCCAAGCAUCUACAGUUUGUCAGCGGCUGCAGCCCCGUCAUCUACUGGCUGGCCAACUACGUGUGGGACAUGCUGAACUACUUAGUCCCGGCCACGUGUUGCAUCAUGAUCCUUUUCGUGUUCGAUCUCCCCGCGUACACUUCCCCGACCAACUUCCCCGCCGUCCUCUCCCUCUUCCUGCUCUACGGCUGGUCCAUCACCCCCAUCAUGUACCCGGCGUCCUUCUGGUUCGAGGUGCCCAGUUCGGCCUACGUCUUCCUCAUCGUCAUCAACCUCUUCAUCGGAAUCACCGCCACCGUGGCCACCUUCCUGCUCCAGCUCUUUGAGCACGACAAGGACCUGAAGGUGGUGAACAGUUACCUGAAGAGUUGCUUCCUCGUCUUCCCCAAUUACAACCUGGGCCACGGGCUCAUGGAGAUGGCGUACAACGAGUACAUCAACGAAUACUAUGCCAAGAUCGGGCAGUUCGACAAGAUCAAAUCUCCCUUCGAAUGGGACAUUGUCACCCGUGGGCUGGUCGCCAUGACGAUCGAGGGCUUCGUCGGCUUCUUCAUCACCAUCAUGUGCCAGUACAAUUUCCUGCGUCAGCCGCAGAGGAUGCCCGUGUCCACCAAGCCCAUCGAAGACGACGUAGACGUGGCCAGCGAGCGCCAGCGGGUAUUGCGGGGAGACGCCGACAACGACAUGCUGAAGAUUGAGAACCUGACCAAGGUGUACAAGUCCCGCAAGAUGGGGCGCAUCCUGGCCGUGGACCGGCUGUGCGUGGGGGUGCGUCCCGGGGAGUGCUUCGGCCUCCUGGGCGUCAACGGGGCCGGCAAGACGAGCACUUUCAAGAUGCUGACGGGGGACGAGAGCACCACGGGGGGCGAGGCCUUCAUCAACGGGCACAGCGUCCUGAAGGAGCUGCUGCAGGUGCAGCAGAGCGUGGGCUACUGCCCGCAGUUCGACGCGCUGUUCGACGAGCUGACGGCCCGGGAGCACCUGCAGCUCUACACGCGGCUGCGGGGGAUCCCCUGGAAGGACGAGGAGCGGGUGGUCAAGUGGGCCCUGGAGAAGCUGGAGCUGCGGCAGUACGCGGACAAGCCCGCGGGCACCUACAGCGGCGGCAAUAAGCGGAAGCUGUCCACCGCCAUCGCCCUCAUCGGCUACCCCGCCUUCAUCUUCCUGGACGAGCCCACCACGGGCAUGGAUCCCAAGGCCCGGCGCUUCCUGUGGAACCUCAUCCUGGACAUCAUCAAGACGGGCCGCUCCGUGGUGUUGACGUCGCACAGCAUGGAGGAGUGUGAGGCCCUCUGCACGCGCCUGGCCAUCAUGGUGAACGGACGGCUCAAGUGCCUGGGCAGCAUCCAGCACCUGAAGAACAGGUUUGGGGACGGCUAUAUGAUCACGGUGAGGACCAAGACCAGCCUGAGCGUCAAAGAGGUGGUGAGGUUCAUCAACCGCAACUUCCCGGAGGCCGUGCUCAAGGAGCGGCACCACACCAAGGUCCAGUACCAGCUGAAGUCGGAGCAGAUUUCCCUGGCCCAGGUGUUCAGCAAGAUGGAACAGGUGGUGGGCGUCCUGGGCAUCGAGGACUACUCGGUCAGCCAGACCACCCUGGACAACGUGUUUGUGAACUUCGCCAAGAAGCAGAGCGACAACCUGGAGCAGCAGGAGAGCGGGCCGGGGGACACCCCCCAGACCCCCUUGGGCCGCCUCCUAAGUCUGCUCCGGCCUCGGGCGGCCCCCACCGAGCUGCGGGCCCUCGUGGCGGACGAGCCCGAGGACCUGGACACCGACGUCGAGGGGCUCAUCAGCUUCGAGGAAGAGAGGGCCCAGCUGUCCUUCAACACGGACACCCUGUGCUGAAGAAGCCAAGACCCGGCUCCGCCUCUGGACGUCCGGGACCGUUUGGAUUUCUCCGCGGGACAGGAGGAGGAGGAGGAGGAGAAGGCCGGCCCCGCGCACGCCGGCCCCCGGCCCGGAGAGCUUUAGUGGCCCGGAGUGGGAUGGCGGAGGUCCCAGCUCUCUUUCUCCACCCCGACCCUGGGAAAUUCGGAAAAGUUUAGAGGCCGUCAGCGUCUGCAGCCGGGGAGGAGGCCGUCCUAGGCCUCGGCCCGGACAGAGGUCGGACGCGAUUCCCGGAUUGAGUGGGCCCGGUCCCCACUAGAGGAUUGCUCCAGCCAGGCUUGGGCCCGCGUUUGGGGGACGCCACCCUCUCCCCACCCCAGAAUUAGGGGUGCCGGGGCCCACCCUCCCGACACUCUUGGGGAUCCUGGUGCCAAACAGAAGGUUCCCGCCGCGGGCCCGCCUCAGUGCUCCCACACAGAUUAGCUUUGCCCCCCACCCCCAGGCUCGGGGGGCCGCCGGUCGCUGUGUCCCCAGCAAGGCUUGACUCUGCUCUCGACGCCCGUCCCUCUGUCCGGGCCAGGCCUCAGGGGGCUCGCAACUGGUCCUACCCACCACCCCCCGUCUCCCGCAGCUGGCGGGGGAGGCCGGAGGGCCCCGGAUGGGCAUCGGCACUGACCCGGGGAGGAGAGAGAGAGAGAGAGGGCACGCUAGUCGGGUUGUUCUGGGAGCCAGAGGUGACGGGUGUCGCCAUUGCGGUGGCAUCUCCUCCUCCUCCUCCUCCCUCACCGCCAUCCCUCUCCCUCCUCUUCCCUCUCCACCCCUGCGAGCCCCGGGUACCGGACAUCCCGUCCCCUUCACCCCCCCACUCCCGGCCAACUGACCAAGGAAAGCGGUUUGGGGAGGACCAGGCAAGCUGCUUCCUGGGAGAGAUGGGGGUGAGGAGGAGAAAAAAUCGCAGCUUUUCCUCAAUGUCUGGUUACUUUUUUGUUCGUUUUUUUUUUACAAACCCCAGCUCUUCUCCCUCCGACCCCAGGACUCCCGGCCGCUACCUCCUCCUCUCCGCCGCCGGACACGAGAUGGGGCCCGCUCUGUGGGGCUCCUGUCCGGGGAGGGUGAAAACGUGUAUAUUGAACCUAUUUAUUUUGCUUUAAGGGGGCACGCCAGGGAGUUGGGGCCACGGAGGUGGGGCGGGAGGAGAGGACGGGUGCCCGGAGCAGUGGGAAAGGGAAGGAAGGGGGAUCCGGGGGCUGGGAGUAGGCCCGGGAAGCAGCCCCGGGGUUCCCUCCCUCCCACGUUCAAGCCACUGACCGGUCGCUCAACGUCCAGCGGGAAGCGUCGUCCCUCUCCGGCUUCGCCCAGCGCCCGUCCAGCUGUCCCUCCGCAGCACGGCUGGGGACAGGGUCUGUACAGAGCUCGCAAGACGUGGGGAAAGGAGUCUGUUUUCAAUAAAAUAGAAAAAGAAGUCA